CGGAAAUUUCUGUGGCUUGUCACACAGACGUCAGAACUGCUUAUCAAUUGCUUCAACACGGAGAUUUCAGCCGUCUGAACCGUACGAACAGUGACAUAUUGUGGCCCAACGGUGCCACUUUCAGAAUAUGCCCCCAUUUUUGGAAAGAAUUUACCCCGCUAAGGGGGCAAGGAAUUUGGGCGUAUAAAAGCUCUAGGGCCUCCCUCUUUCUCCCGCUUCGAAAUUAUAUUGAUUUAAACAUUGGGGGCUUGUCUUUUUUUCAUUCCCAAUUGACAACUUAUCCUGACUGAUUUCAAUAUUCGACAACUUCACAGGAUGUCAGUACCAUCAGGUCUCCCGAAAAUGGAAUACAGACGCCUGGGCUACUCUGGCCUCAAGGUUUCUGCUAUUUCCCUGGGCGGAUGGUUGACAUAUGGUGGGCAUGUCGAGAAUGAAAACACCUUUGCUUGCAUGAAAGCGGCCUACGAUAUCGGCAUAAAUUUCUUCGACUGUGCAGAAGGAUACAGCGAUGGAGAGUCCGAGAAAAUUAUGGGUCAAGCAAUCAAGAAGUUUGGUUGGAAGCGCAAUGAUCUUGUUAUAUCCACCAAGAUAUACUGGGGGGCUGCUUUUGGCGAAAAUCCAAUUAAUAAUGUCGGGCUUUCUCGAAAGCACGUUAUCGAGGGCGUCAAUGCCUCCCUUAAACGGUUGGACCUAGAAUACGUUGACUUGAUUUACGCUCAUCGACCUGACCGCGAUACACCCAUCGAAGAGACAGUUCGAGCCUUCAACCAUAUCAUCGACCAAGGGAAAGCCUUCUACUGGGGAACUUCUGAAUGGGAUGCGGACGAGAUCGCCUCUGCGUGGAGAGUUGCCGACAAAUUGGGAUUAAUUGGACCGAUUAUGGAACAGCCACAAUACAACAUGCUUGCUCGCACGAAAGUCGAAAAGGAAUUCCAGCACUUGUACGAAGAAACUGGACUGGGCUUAACCAUUUUCAGUCCCCUGAAAACGGGAAUCCUUACCGGGAAAUAUAAUGACGGGAUACCGAAAGAUUCGAGACUGGGGAGUAGUGAUGAUCCUUGGGUGAAGAGCAUGAAUGAGCGAUUUGGUGACGAAGCUUGGAAGAAGGACCUCGAUGUUGUGGCCAAAUUGAAACCGGUUGCUCAGAAGUUGGAUAUUUCUCUGGCUACAUUGGCGAUGGCUUGGGUGUUGAAGAACAAGAGAGUCAGUUCUGCGAUUACGGGGGCUAGUCGUCCACAACAGGUUUAUGACAGCGUGCAAGCCCUGUCUGCUCAGGAGAAGUUGACCCCGGACAUUUUGAAAGAGAUUGAUGGAAUACUCGGGAAUAAGCCAGCUGCGAUGACAAGAAGAUUCAACUAA